AGAAGGCACAAGCAUAAACAUGGGUUUGACAAAAACGUCGUUGCUUUUCAAUUUUCUCUUCGUUCUUUAUUUCCAACACAACUUUGUUUCCGUUGUAGACUCACGAUCCUUACGUCUAGCCUCCGUUGACACCAGCCAUGUUUCCACCAUAUCCAAGCCAGAAAGAGUUAUUGGCUACGUUGGAAAGACGCCGAAAUUAGCAGUUUAUAUCCGAAAAGGCGGUGGCGGUAAGGGAGGAGGAGGACGUGGUGGCGGUAAGGUAGGAGGAGGACGUGGUGGCGGAUACGACCGUCUAAGGCAAUCUCGCGGUGGGCUAGGCGGGUAUCCGUUUUUUUCGGGUAUGUCGCACCACCAUCGUUCAAGCGGUAGCCGGAAUCUUGGAAGGCCAAGGUGUGGUUUCGGUUGGUUAGGUUUAUUAUCGGCUUCGGUACUCUGGAUUGAUGCACCAAUGGAGAGUGAAGGAGAAGGAGGUCCAUUUCAGGGAAUACUUCGAGAUAUCGAAGGUAGACGAAGAUGUUACAAACAAGAUUGGAUUCGUGGCAUAAAAACCGGUAUAAGAAUUUUGGCUCCGACUUGCUAUAUUUUCUUUGCAUCGUCUCUUCCUGUAGUUGCCUUUGGUGAGCAAUUAAGUAAACAUACAGGUGGAGCUCUAAGUGCAGUGGAAACAUUAGCUUCUACUUCGAUAUGCGGAAUCAUCCAUGCGAUUUUUGGUGGACAACCAUUGUUGAUACUUGGAGUUGCAGAGCCAACCAUCAUUAUGUAUACUUAUCUUUACAGUUUCUGCAUUAGUAGACCAGAUAUCGGUCGAGAACUUUACCUAGCUUGGGUUGCAUGGGUUUGUGUAUGGACUUCAGUUUUGCUUAUCCUUCUUUCGAUAUUUAACGCGGGCACAAUCAUCACGAGGUUUACGAGAAUCGCUGGGGAACUUUUUGGCAUGUUGAUUGCUGUUCUGUUUUUACAAGAAGCUAUAAAGGGAUUGAUCAGCGAGUUUAACGCCCCCGAAAUUAAAAAUCAAGAAACAGAGAAAUCUCACUUCCUCUUGUUGUAUGCAAAUGGGUUGCUUGCGGUAAUUUUCUCGUUAGGCCUUGUAAUCACCGCGCUAAAGAGUAGGCGAGCGAAAUCAUGGAAAUACGGCUUUGGAUGGCUUCGGAGUUUCAUUGGAGAUUACGGUGUUCCCUUAAUGGUCUUGUUAUGGACGGCAUUGUCUUACACAAUUCCUAGUGAAGUCCUUCCAAGUGUUCCUCGGCGACUGUUCUGUCCUCUUCCUUGGGAGCCAGCUUCAUUGUAUCAUUGGACUGUAAUCAAGGACAUGGGGAAGGUACCGGUAAUGUAUAUCUUUGCUGCGUUUAUACCCGGUGUGAUGAUAGCAGGACUUUACUUCUUCGACCAUAGUGUAGCUUCACAAAUGGCACAACAGAAAGAGUUUAAUCUAAAGAAUCCUUCUGCUUAUCACUAUGACAUCUUCUUGCUUGGAAUUAUGACUUUGAUAUGUGGACUACUUGGACUUCCUCCUUCAAAUGGUGUUCUUCCUCAAGCUCCAAUGCACACCAAGAGUCUUGCGGUUCUCAAUCGUCAACUGACACGAAAGAAAAUGGUGAAGAAAGCAAAGGAGUGUAUGAAAAUGAAAGCUAGCAAAUCAGAAAUAUAUGGGAGAAUGCAAUCAGUGUUUAUAGAGAUGGAGACAUGCCCGCCUCAGGAUAAUUCAGUAGCAACAGAUUUAAAAGAGUUGAAAGAAGUUGUAAUGAGACCAGAAGAAGGAGGCGAUACGAAAGGAAAAUUCGAUCCCGAUGUUCAUAUAGAGGCUAAUUUACCGGUUAGAGUAAACGAGCAAAGACUGAGCAAUCUUUUGCAAUCAGUUCUUGUUGGUUUAACACUUCUUGCAGUGCCAGUCAUCAAAAUGAUCCCAAGUUCUAUACUUUGGGGUUACUUUGCUUAUAUGGCGAUAGACAGUCUCCCGGGAAACCAAUUCUGGGAGAGAUUGUUGCUUCUCUUUAUUCCUCCUAGCCGUCUUUUCAAAGUCUUGGAAGGAGUACAUGCUUCAUUUGUGGAGUUAGUACCAUACAGAGUGAUUGUAACAUUCACACUUUUCCAGUUGGUUUAUUUUCUCUUGUGUUAUGGUAUGACAUGGAUUCCUAUGGCCGGGAUAUUUUUCCCGGCGCUCUUCUUUCUUCUCAUAAGUAUAAGAGAACACUUGCUUCCCAAGUUAUUCCAUCCCCAACAUCUUCAAGUGCUAGAUGCUUCUGACUAUGAAGAAAUAGUAGCAGCACCUAUACAACAACACUCAAGUUUCGCAUACCGGAAACUAGGGUCUUCUCAUCAUUUAUCAGAAGGUGAAGAUGAAUUCUACGACGCGGAGAUAUUGGAUGAGAUGACUACAAGCAGAGGUGAAAUCAGGAUCCGAACCAUAAGUUUUAAAGAGGUGCACCCGGAGCCUGAAGAGAAGCGUGUAGUAACCUUUGAACCACAUUAAAAACAGAAUCUUUUGUACUUGUUUUUUUGUAUACAAAUGUAUUUGUGCAUACACAUACAUUGACUAUGUUAUAAUUUUUCUUAAAGUGAAACUAUGUUUGCAGCAGUUAUAAUUAACCCUUAGUUUGUCC